AUGUUCAAAAUAUACCCACAAACUCCAUUUCGACAUAUAUCCAAACGAACGGCUCAAUGGCGAUUAAUCCAAUAUCCUGGCCAUGUGCGUUUCUUUCAGGCCUCGCCCCUAUCAUUAGCGAAGCAGAUGCCUCCACGCCCAACAAUAGACGACUCUGAAAUAACUGGAACCUAUCUCAAAGGAUCAGGCCCAGGAGGCCAAAAAAUUAACAAAACAAGUUCGGCCGUACAACUUAUUCACAUACCAACAAACACGGUUGUGAAAUGUCAAGCAACACGUUCCCAAUCACAGAACCGGAAAAUUGCGAAAAGGAUACUGGCUGAGAAGAUAGAAUUGCUUGAGAAAGGAGAACAGAGUCGAGCAGCUAUUUUGAAUAACGUGAAGAAGAAGAGGAAGGCGAGUAAGAUGAAGAAAAGUAAGAGGAAAUAUCGGGCUUUGGAGGAGGAGAAGAGAAAGAAAAGGGCGGAAGCUGGAUUGGAGGGGAAGGGAGAGAUUUGUGAGGGCGAAGCAGAUAGUAUAGAGGAAGUUGAGGAAGCAGGUAAAGUCAAUGGAAAGGGUAGCGAAGAGAAAUAA